AUGGCGAAUGAUUUUUGUGGACCGGUUGAUGAUUCGGUACUUCGCCAUCAAGCAAAGCAUAUAAGCACAUCAAUUUGGCAUGGCAUUCAAAGGGAUAAAAUGCAAAUCCGUCAAAAUACGUCUCAACUCAAUCAGUGGGUACUGACUGAUUAUCAAGUGCAUCUAUUGCAACAAUGGGGGUUCUGGAUGUUUGCAAACCCACGGACGGUUAUGCAAAAUGAUGUAUGCUUGAUCACUGCAUUGGUGGAGCGUUGGAGGCCCAAAACUAAUACAUUUCACUUCACAUUCGGGGAGAUGACAGUGACCCUGGAAGAUGUGUAUAUGUUAUUGGGUCUACCAGUUGUUGGGGAGGCGAUCAGACUUGACUUUGAUGUGGCGGUAUCACAUGCAUGGCUAAAUGUAUGGCGCGAUCUAAAUCUUUCAGUUGAACAAAGGAAAACGGCUUGGGAUCGUGGUGGUGCUAAAUUAAGUUUUCUAAGAGAAAGGUAUCAUUCCAACAAUGUAGCUCACCCCCGACUGAUCGCGUUUCUACUUGAUACCAAAAAAAUUUAUGGAUAUGCUUGGGGGACCGCGGUUCUUGGUUAUUUAUAUAGAAAUCUUGGUGAGGCAAGCGAUAAAAACUGCAAGCAAAUAACCGGUUGCACUACGCUUUUGAUGCUAUGGGCUCGUGAGAGAUUACGCCCGGGACAACCAAAGAUAGCAGAUAAUACUCGUCACAUGUGGCCUAGGGCCUUUGCAUGGGCGAUUGCUCCGGUUCCUGCUGGAAAGUCAAAAUAUUUCAAUAUUCAUCACCAUAUUGAUGCAUAUAGAGCGAUGUUUGAUAUUUUUGAUACGAGAUGGGUUCAUUGGACUCCCUAUACACGUUUCUAUCGGAGGUAUGAUGAGCAUUUUUACCGAGCUCGACUUGCCGGUAUUGCUCGUGUUCCGCUCUUUUUUUCGAGGACAUAG